AUGACAGUGAAGCUGUCAAUGACUGCUGGAUCUGAAGGGAUGGAUAAGCAUUUCAUUUGCAUCGAUCGCUCAUCUAGAAGAAGGCAAUCUUGCAGUACUCUAUAUCCACAACCAGAUUCAAAUGAAACCCAUCCUUAUCUUGCUAGCCGCUGCUACGGCUGGACUAGCCUACCCUGGAUUGCCACCAUUUCUGGGCAAUCUUAGCAGGGUAGCUCAACAAACAUACCGUCAAAUAACGGACGACAACAAGCUGACAGUCAAUCAGGUGCGCGACAAACUUGCUGCGUGGGCGAAAAAAUACAACGUUUCGAAGGAACUGAACGAAUUCUACGCUCGAGAGGAAGAAGACUGGAAAAAGAUGAAGAAAAACGUUGAAAAUCUGUUGGAAGAAUUGUCAACUCUUUACAAACAGAUUUUGAAAAUCAGAGAAAACAAAGAUAAGUCCAUCGCGGAAAUAGAGAAUGAAGUGGAAGAGAUCAGACUACGAAACCCUACGCUGUUCGAAAUAAUAAGAUUUGCUGAACGACAAUUCGACAAAUACCUACGAAAGAACCAUCUGAAAACUCGUGGUCUGUCAAAUGAUUCCAAAAAAUUAAGCAAAAGAGGCACGAGAGAAAAACGAAGCGCACGUGAUGAUGGAAAACGGAAGGGAAGAAGAGGCAAUGGGAAAGCGGUGAGUUCAGCCGUAAACAAGUAG